GCUCUCACUCGCUUGCUCACCUGUCAAGCCGAUCGAACAAUUGCUCCUGAUCGGAGAACGUCCGAUUAAAUACGCGACCCUUUUACACUCUAAUCUCCAGCCGCAUUUCCAAUUACGAGUGAUGGCUGCCGCAAGUGCACGACUGUUCUCGCGGGUGAAAGAUGGCUUCACCACCAGUAUCCGAUUCGCGAGCUACGAAGCGACGCGAAAGAAUCUGAAGCUCAACUCCAACUCGAAGGUGAUAUGCCAAGGUUUCACCGGUAAACAGGGAACGUUCCACUCGCAGCAGGCCAUCGAGUAUGGCACGAAGCUGGUCGGCGGAGUGUCACCCGGUAAGGGCGGCCGUACCCAUCUCGAUCAGCCAGUGUUCAACACGGUUGCGGAAGCGAAGAAAGCAACGGGAGCCGACGCCACCGUUAUCUAUGUGCCACCUCCAGGAGCGGCGAAGGCCAUCAUGGAAGCCAUCGAGGCGGAAAUGCCGCUGAUCGUGUGCAUCACCGAAGGAGUUCCACAGCACGACAUGGUGAAGGUGAAGCAGGCGCUGCUUUCCCAAAACAAGUCCCGUCUCGUCGGACCCAACUGCCCCGGAAUAAUUGCACCCGAGCAGUGUAAAAUCGGUAUUAUGCCUGGUCACAUUCACAAGCGCGGCAAGAUCGGUGUUGUGUCCCGGUCCGGAACACUGACCUACGAAGCCGUUCACCAGACGACCGAGGUUGGCCUUGGGCAGACGCUUUGCGUAGGCAUCGGCGGUGAUCCGUUCAACGGCACCGAUUUCAUCGACUGCCUGGAGGUGUUCCUGAAGGAUCCGGAUACCAAGGGCAUCAUUCUGAUCGGUGAGAUCGGUGGUGUAGCCGAGGAAAAUGCUGCCGAUUACCUUCUGCAACACAACCAGGGUAUCAAAGCGAAACCGGUCGUAUCGUUCAUUGCCGGUCUAUCGGCCCCGCCCGGACGCCGAAUGGGACACGCCGGUGCCAUCAUCUCCGGAGGCAAAGGAGGUGCUCAGGAUAAGAUCAAUGCUCUCGAGAAGGCCGGCGUGAUCGUCACGAGAAGCCCGGCCCAGAUGGGCAAGGAACUGUUCAAAGAAAUGAAGAGAUUGGAGCUGGUCUAAGAAAUGGUACCAAUGGCUCACGUAAAGGCGGGAAAGGAAAAGGAAUCGUGCGAAAAGUGCCCCAAGUGCACCGGCUAAAUAGAUAGUGGUAUUUUGCCAAGUCUCCAACCCUCCCAAAGUAUGUUUUCUUAUCUCAUUUGUGCCCCUUCUUUUCGAUGUUCCUUCCUCGAGAGGACGAUGCAAAGCAUCCGCACCCCAGCGGCCUAGAACUGCCCAUGGAAGCAGAUGCACUGGGAAGGAAAUGAAAAGCAUUAAUUAUUUAUUUACUUCUAAAACACUGGAAACAAGCGAAGUUCCGGUUUUUCUUUUUUCCCUCGGGGCUUGAACUUUCACAACAUCAUUUUUUGAGUUCAUCUUUUAGAAACGCCAUACUCAAGCCAACGGGCAAUAGAAAACGAUCGCCAAUGUAUACAAAUAGGAAAUGUAGCAUGCCACACGUACUUCUGCACCGCGCUAUUCGUGUAAAUGCACCAACUACCGGCACCCGGCGACGAUCGGCAACCCCAUUAGCAGUUAGCAAACGCACCAAUCGCUUCUCCGUCGAGGUGGUUUUUCUUUUUUGAUAAAUGCGCAAAUGCACUACGGGACUCUAAAUGUGGAGCGGCUAGUGUGCGUUAUUAUAAAAUACAGGUGAGAAUAUGGCUGAAACACUUUUACAUGUACACCCGCGAAACGGUGUUGUUAACCAAUCCGAGGAAGAAAUAAACUACCAAACCAACGAUGUUACGAAAAUGA